GUGUUCUCUGACUAGGAAAGUAAGAACACUGUUUUUUCCCACUUGCACCUUAAAUUAUUUGUUCAAAUCCCUUCCAAGAAACCUCUAUAAAAUCAAUCUCAAUUUCCCACUUUUCCUUGCCAAGAAGCAAAUCCAAAGUUUUUUCUCUCUAUUUGAUCACGGAUCCAAAAAUUUCUUAAUAUAUUUCCAAAUUCGUGAAUCCAGUCAAAAUCCCAGUUCAUGGAUCUCGAAAUUCUGAAACGGAAUAGCGAAUCUAUAAUAAUCCGUGAAGUGUGGUCCGAAAAUCUCGAAUCCGAAUUCAGAUUGAUCUCAACCCUAAUCGAUGAAUACCCUUUCAUUUCAAUGGAUACAGAAUUUCCGGGUGUUAUUUUCAAAUCCUCAGGGGUGGAAUCCAAGCACCACCACAAUCGCCAUGGUAGGUCAUCGCCGUCUCAUCACUACCAGAUCCUUAAGUCAAACGUCGACGUUUUGAAUUUAAUUCAGCUUGGUCUAACUCUUUCUGAUGCUUCCGGGAAUUUACCGGAUCUGGGAUCCAGCAACCGGUUUAUCUGGCAGUUCAAUUUCUCAGACUUUGACGUGGAGCGUGACCUACAAGCGCCGGACUCGAUCGAGUUGUUGAAGAAUCACGGGAUUGACUUUAAGAAAAAUCGGGUUUCCGGGAUAGACUCGGCGGUUUUUGCUGAGUUGAUGAUGAGUUCGGGUCUCGUGUGUAAUGACUCAGUGAGCUGGGUCACGUUCCAUAGCGCGUACGACUUCGGUUACCUUGUGAAGAUUCUCACGCGCCGACUGUUGCCGACGGAUUUGACCAACUUUUUACAAAUUAUCAGGGUCUUUUUCGGGAAUAACGUGUACGAUGUGAAAUAUUUGAUCCGAUUCUGCGAGAGUCUUUAUGGCGGUCUGGACCGGGUUGCCAGCUCUUUGAAAAUAGAUCGGGUUGUGGGUAAGUGCCAUCAGGCCGGUUCAGAUAGCUUGCUGACGUGGCACGCCUUUCAAAAGAUUAGAGAUGUUUACUUUGCAAAGCGUGGGCAUGAGCAAUACGCCGGCGUUUUAUAUGGAUUAGAAGUGUCUUGACUAGACUUUAGAGAUUGGGAUUAAGGGUAUAAUAAUUCUUUGUUAAUAAUCAAUUAUAAUCUAAGAAAUUAAAUUAAUUAUCCAUCUUCAUAUUCUAUUUCAAUCGAGAUAGUUCAAUGUAUUAGUGUUUUACUUUA